AUGGAUUACUCUGAUGCUUUCCGACUUGUCAAUUUGGCAGUAGGUGUUUUUAUGGUUCUUGGUGGAAUUUCCCAAUUCUUUCCUUUAGGCUUCCAAUCUAUUAUCAUUGGAUGUUACGUUAUCAUCUUCGGAAUCUGCACUGCUCUUCUUGAAUUCCAAAUUCCACCACAAGUCUCGCGCUAUGCAUCUUUCCUCUUUUCCUUCCUUGGACGAGGAAUCUUCUACGUAUUCGUUGGAUCCAUUCUCUUACACGACCACGUCUUGCGCGUCAUUGCCGGUUCUUUAAUUGGCAUAAUCGGUCUUAUUUACAUUGGUCUCGAGUUUGUACCAUCUAUCGAGCCACCUGCGAACAUGAGAGAAGCAGAUGGAGGAUGGGGCGCCGAACAAGUCUAA